AUGCGCAUGACAGCUGCCUCCCUUGGCUCUAAGCUGCAGCAACGAACCCUGGACGCCUACCUGCGGGGCAAACGCACCAGUACUAAUACUACUACUACUACUACAGCAGGUGUGAGUACGAAUGCCGCGAGUCACGUGGGCAGCAGCGUGACACUGCCGUGGUCACAAGACAACCGCUGCGUGGGGGACGCCGGUCACGUGUGCAGCGCGUGGGAUAUCAUCACCGCCGUCAUGGCGAAGGACGCCUCGCAGUGCACACAGGACCUGCGGUGUCUGAUGCAGGCGCUGCACGUGCAUGAAUCUUUCGCACACGUUGCUUCCACCUUUCAUUUCAACACGCUGUGCCACGUUCUCGAUAACGUCAUGGUACCGGCGGAGCGCGACGCAUUCUUCCGCGUGACACUGCCGUGGAUGAAGCGCGCCGUUCUGAACGGUCCUGCAGUCAUCCCGCACGGAUUCCCUGUUCUUGCGCAGGGGGAGAGCAGGCGGUGGCUGGUCACCCAUGAGGAGGCCGCGACGCUUAUGUCGUGCGGCUUCUUCUCACUCUUCCCCGGUCGCUUUUCUGUCACGUCUACGCCGACAAGAGGGACAGUGCAUAAACUCGCACCGUUUAAUUUCAUAGAGUUGUUCUGUCACGCACCACCCGACCGUAUGAAGAGUCAGUGUGCCAAGGUGCGGUGUGUGCUGCAGUAUUUUAUGCAUUCAUCCCAGAACACGGAUGAGGCGAUGGCAACUUGCUUGGAAUUCUAUCGUGUUGGUCUCUCCUCCUUUCCAGCAUUUGACCGGAGUACCGAGCGUAUGCAGGCAGUUAGCAUGCACGUGGAGGGCUGUAUUGAAGACAAUUACGGGAGCCUGCAAGUGGACUUCGCCAACAAGGUCGUUGGUGGGGGUGUGCUUCGCAGUGGUUGUGUGCAGGAGGAAAUACGCUUUGUAACUUUCCCAGAGUUGCUGCUCUCGCGCCUUGUCAGCGAGCCGUUGCUGGACAACGAGGUGCUUUUCAUGAGUGGGGCCGGGCAGUAUAGCAUCGCUGAAGGGUACGCGAGAAAUUUCUGCUUCCUUCGUGGUCUGUCACCGCGGUUCGUGAGUUUGAGCUGUAGUACAGCUUCCCAGCAGCAACAACAGCUGCAAGUGGAGUUAAUGCCUACCACUAUGCGGAGCAGAAGGGAUGGAAGCCCUGUUUUGCUGCGAAAUUGUUGUGUCGUUGCCAUGGAUGCAGUGAACUUUCAUGGAGUUGCAGAUCGGCAAUACUCGGCGUCAUUGGUGAUGCGUGAGACACAAAAGGCGUAUGUGGCGUUUAAAGGGGUGUCAAACAGCACUCUUGCGUCGGUUCAUUCUGGUCCUGUGGCAACUGGAAAUUGGGGAUGUGGUGCAUUCCAUGGGGAUGUGGAGCUGAAGCUAAUGAUACAGUGGUGCGCAGCAUCACAAGCGGGACGGCCCCUCAUCUACUCGGCGUUCAGAAAUGACAACCUAUGCUGCCGGUUCGCGUUGGUGUGCGAGAAGUUGCAGCAGGAAGAGUGGACGGUGGGUGACGUCUUCAGGGCGCUCCUCAGGUUCGGCAUGUCCCGUGACACCGCGCUGCCACAACCGUCGUUUGGUGGUACACUCUUUGACUACCUACUCAUCACGCCUAUAUUGGAGCGAUGUGCCCCGCCACACUCUGCUGGGGCACCGGGUGGUGCGGGUGGAAACACCGAGAGAGGAACAUGCUGCAGUGAAUGA